CUUCUUGCGAGACAAAACAUUCAAUGCGAUCUAGCCAUAUUGGCGACAGUGUUUUAUUACCAAAAUUAUAAAAAUUGUCACAUCAUUGUUUUCAUAGGAUUGCAGACAACCGCAUGUUAGUUUCUCCAUAAAACAUUCGCAUGAUGAUUCGCUUAAAUUGUAAUAUUUUGACGAAUCUACAAGCAAGAAGUUAUAGACGAUUUGUCACAAGUGCUUUUUUCCUAAAACCGAAGACUUUAAAUGAGACUUUAAAUGAGUCCUCGGAGAACACCCGAGAGUCGCCACGUAUGAAGCAGUUCCACGAGAAACUUAAAUUGCAACCGAUACCAAAAGUAGGACCGCGGGAAAGGUUCGUGGAUUUAGUAUUAGUGAAAACCGACCCAAGAACUGGAGAACUGAUAACAAAUUGUGAAAAAGACCCUACUAAAUGGGGAGACUGGCAGCACGGUGGCAGAGUCAGUGAUUUUUGAAACGGAAACAUCGUGUGUAUAUUUUUUAAUACAGUUUCUAUAAAUAUAUUUAAAGAACUCGAAAGAAUUCUUACUUCUUGACUUGCAAUGAUCAAUUUUUGCAUUUGUAACUAUAUGCGGAAAAUAAAUUAGAUUUAAUUAUUUCGAUCA